AUGAGCAUGUCUAAACCCACCCGAAAUGAGGCUGCUAAAAAGGUGGAAAUGCCUCAUGAACAACAGCGUCAGCAGCAACAACAACAUCAUCAACUACAAAGUGAAGCCACCUACGAAACACGCCAAAAACGUUCACAGCUUGAUUUGGGCAGCAUUGGCGGUGGUAUUGGAAAUGGCUUUGGCAGUGCUGCAGAGUAUAAAGAUUUUAAUGAGUUCAUAGAAGAGCUGGGUGAUAAUGCCAUUAUGCCAGUGUCACAGGAAAUGGAUUUGGAAAAUAUGCCACCACUAUUGUACUUUAUGUUGUUGCAGAAACUAAAGCAGUCAGUACAAACUAAUGAACGUCAAUUACCCACAAGACGUACACCACGCCUGGGGCGCAGCAUUGAUUUUCAAUUGUUUGAUGCGGGUGCCGCGACCUCUGCAGGACAUGACUUUGAUGGUGCAUUAAAUAUGGCCAACGAUUAUGCAGUCUCACGACAAUUUCUACCUCGUGUCAUGAAAAAGUCGGUGCAAUUUAAGCCACGUUUAGGUAAAAGAACACAAGUUUGCGAUUAAAAUAACCG